AUGGCUGGAUCUCCUGUGCUCCUCCUUCUGCUUGCUCUGGGACUCUGCUGCCCUGGGAUCUGGGGCCACAGUUACCAGAUGACAGCCAAGUUCCGUGACCACAGCCUCACGCACCCCCGGGUGGGACACCAGCUGGAGCUGGAGUGUCAGGGUGCCAAGGAGGACAGUGGCGUAUUCUGGAUCCGCCUGGACAAGGAUGGGAUCCUUCACUUCAUUGUCUUCAUUUCCUCCCUGUCCCGGACCACCUUCGAGAGGAACGAGAAGUCAUCCACACGCUUCGGGGCGAGAAAAGACGGCAGGUCCUACCGGCUGGUAGUGAAUUCUUUCUCAGCGCAGGACGAGGGGAACUAUUUCUGCCUCAUGAACAGCAACCAAAUGCUGUACUUCAGCUCAGGCCAGCCUGCCUUCUUCCCAGUCACCACCACAGCGGCACCCACCACAGCGGCAGCCACCACCCAGUCUGGCAUCACCAGAAAGGACCCUUGCCUGAACACCUCGGAUUCAGAGACCAGCAAGAAGAGCGAGCCGAAUUUCUUCUGUAACAUCUUCAUCUGGGUUCCCUUGGCAGGUGCCUGCCUCCUGCUCCUCCUCGCCCUGAUAGUCACCAUCAUUCUGUGUCAACAAACCAGAAGACGAAGAUGCAGAUGUAAAAGGCCUGCGAACGGGAAGCCCAAUGUGAAGCCAAACAUGCCAAACCGACACGUAUAA